AUGAUAUUUUCAGCCCAAAGACAAGAAGAGGAAGAAGCCUCUCAAUCCACCCAUACUAAACUCAUUUCACUUUAUAUAUUUGACUGUGGUUUCGGCUUUGAUGGAGAAGAAGUUGCAAGUGCCACCAUUCCAAGCACAGUGAUUUGUGGUACCGACCCAAACCUCACUCAAAGGAAUUUGGUUUGGUUUGGGUAUCUACAAAGGAAAAGCGUUUAUACUUUGGACUUGGAACAUCUUCGUCCGCAUCCCACACUCCCUUGA